GUGCAAUCUCCGACAUUCAUUUUUUUCUAAGACUGAUUAGUUAUGGAUCGGAGGGGAGGUUGUUGUAUUUCCCGGCAUACGCCGGCGGCGGGUUGUGAUAUAUUCAAGGUGAAUAACAUAAUGUUGAGAUUCCGGCCGAUCGCGCCGAAACCGCCGGCCCCUGGGUCUGUUCCCUACGCACCGGCGGUUCAAGAAACUGUGAAGGGUACUCGCCGGAACAAGAGGAGAUAUGUCAGGUCAACUGAGUCAACCGGUAAGAUAAGCAAAAAUAGCGGUAAGAAAAAGAAGGCGGCAUCUCCGGCGCCGGAGAUAGAAAACCAGUACAGCUACGGUAAGACGGAAUCCUGCAGUUCUUCGGUCUCCAGCCUUGAGAGGGACGCCACGGUGGUUACUCUUCCACUUCUGCCGGAGAAACCGGACCGGAAAGAAUCUCCGGCGUCAUCGGAGAUGGUGGAGCGAACCGGAUCGACCGGGUCUAACGGCCCGGUCUGGCUGAGAGAGUGCCACGUGCCGGCGGUGCUGCGAGGUUUGGGGUCGUGGGUGAUUGUGGAAGGCGUGACCGGCACGUGGAAGCUAGACGGUUACAGUCUAGGGCGAAGUGACCGAGAGAAACUGAUGAAUCUGGAACGCGACACGUGUCCGGGGCUCACAUCGGACGACCUCAACAGAGUGACGUGGACUAACUCGGCGUACAGGGAUAUGGUCGGGCGGAAGGGCGGAGCGGCGGCGUGGGUGGUGCUGGGCGACGGGGUACUGCUGCCGGCGACAAAGGAGGCGGCACUCACGUGCAGGGUGAGGGUGGUCACGUGCGGCGGGAAAGAGGAGAGCUACGACAGGCGCGGCGGGAAAGAGGAGAGCUACGACAGGCGCGGCGGGUUGGUGGUUCUGUGCGAUGUGUGGCGGAUGGACGGCGGAGGGUUUGCAUGGCGGUUAGAUACUGAGCUAAGUCUGAGAUUAGGGGUUAAUUAAUUUCCGGAUGGUUGACCGUUGACUUACCUUAUAGAGUUGAUGAAGUGAUAGUAUAUGAGAGUUGAAAUGUGUACAUUGCCAUUCGGGGAAAAAUGAUAUCCAAGACAACCUAGCUAGAAAGAAUGUAAUAAUCCUUUCUUUCUGUUCAUUAUCCUUUCUUUCUGUUCAUUUAGAAAUACACUUACUUCAUUUAGAAUUACGGGAUUGUGUUAAGAUUCCGGGUUACAUCCAAAAAGGUCAACCUCUUAGGAAGAGUAGCUCAUGUGAUAAUAUAGCACUUUGUUCAAUCCAAACCUUUCCGGUGUGGGACAUUUUAACACCUCUCCUCCCGACCAGACAUUUCGUCUAGAUCAUGC